AUGCCCGUGCAGAAAGGCCUGACACUCGUCGGUCUCCUCAGCAUCAGCUUCGUGGUCAGCAUAAUAUACCUCUUCCGAGGCUCACACGCCGGCUUCGGCUUCGAAAAUGACGACCCAAACAUCAACUGGCCGGUCAAGGAACCCGGCCACGAAUGGACAAAACACGUGGUCGUAGCAAAGAUGAGCUACGAAGACCGCUUCUCAUCCUGGCUCGAGACCGGUGACCUCCACGGCGCCAUACCCAAAGUCUACAUCGCCGAUGACCCCUCUGCACCACUCAGCGUCCCCGCCAACAAGGGCCACGAAGCAAUGGUCUACCUCACCUACCUGAUCGACCACUACGACGCCCUUCCCGACGUGGCCGUCUUCAUGCACGCCCACCAGAAUUCCUGGCAUCAAGACGGCCUUCUUGAAUACGACGCCCUCGAAAUGCUCAAACGCCUGUCCCCAGAAGCCGUCACUCGCGAGGGCUAUCGCAACCUGCGCUGCGAAUGGAACCCUGGCUGCCCAGCCUGGAUUCACCCCAAGGCCUUCCAAUACGCCGACUCGCCUCGACCCGAAGAACCUGGCGUCGCCGAUGCCUGGGCCCAACUCUUCCCCUCCACCCCAGUCCCAGACAUAAUCGCCCAACCCUGCUGCGGCCAAUUCGCGCUCUCCAAACAACGCAUGCUCUCCAUCCCAAAAGCCCGCUACCAAGUCUUCCGCGACUGGCUCCUCAAGACUGAUCUCGGCGAUGACAUUUCCGGUCGCGUCUUCGAGUACCUUUGGGCGUACAUCUUCACGGCCAAACCAGUCUUCUGCCCGGACAUGCGCAAAUGCUAUUGCGACGGCUACGGCGUGUGUUUCCUUGACGACAAAUCAUUCGAUCACUGGUUCAAGCUACGCUGGGAGUGGCAGCAACUCGAGAAGCAGCUGCGGGACUGGAAGAUCGUGGCGGCUGGGAAAGUCAGCUCGGAUCGUGCUGGAACCCUGCCGGCGGCCGAAAUCAAGGAGCUGGAGAAGACCGUGCCGCUGACGGGGCUGGGGCAGCAGCUAGCUGAUGAGAUGAACGAGUUGCAGAGGCAGAUGGACGAGAAGAGACUGGCUGCGAUUGCGGCGGGCGACGAUCCGGCCGUGAGGGCGAAGGUGGCGGGGAGGAAGUGGAAGGAGGGGGAUGGGUUUUAA